UUCUUUUGUAUCGCAGCUGCAUUUCGAAGAACAUUCCAACAAAAACUUUGACUUUACCUUCAAUAGAAUAUUCAAGGAUGUAAAAUAAAUACAAGCCGUAGCUGAUGAAGUAUUUGAAGUAAAUUAAUAUAAAGUACUUGCGUUAACAUCUCAAUAUCUCCGGCAAUAUAUCCAGAAAAAUAAAAUGAUGAAAUUGCUGGGACUUGCGACAUUCGCCAUCAUAGUUACUGUGAUCUUCGCAGAUUUGCAGGGAGAUUUCGCAGAACUGGGAUGCAAAGGAACAUUUGAUGAAUCCAAACUGAGGACAGUCAUCAGAGUUUGCGAUGAUUGUUACGAUCUUUUCCGAGAAGACACCAUGCUGAAAUUGUGCCGGCAAAAAUGCUUCACUACUAGUUAUUUCAGUGGAUGCUUGGACAGUACAGAACCCAGUGCAGACAAGGCAUACUUUGAGAAGAUAGUCAAAGAUCUCAGUGGUUAAAGGACACAAUUUUAAAAAUAACAAUUUUUAAUGAUAAGAAUUAGGAAAGAAAGAGAAGAAUUGUAGGCGAUUGCUUUAAUACCACAAUGUCCAUAUUUUGUUAUGAAAUCACAGUGAAUUUUGACAUAAUUAAU